AUGACGACCGAUACUGCCUCGCUUUCGGAUCUGCGCCAGACCUACGACUACCUUGUCGUGGGCGGAGGAACUGCCGGCCUGGUCGUCGCUAACCGACUGACCGAAGAUCCCACUGUGAGCGUGCUGGUGCUGGAGGCAGGCAGUAAUCGCGUCGAUGACCCGCGUAUUGCGGUGCCUGGAUUAGCAGCCAGCACCUAUUUUGAUCCCGAGUUCGACUGGUGUCUUACCAGUCCCCCACAGGAGGCCCUAAAUGGCCGAUGCAUUGCUGAACCUCGUGGGCGCACCCUGGGUGGUUCAUCCGCCAUCAAUCUAGGAAUGGCCAUUUACCCCAGUCGAUCCGACAUCGAUACAUGGGAGCAGCUCGGCAAUCCUGGAUGGAACUGGGAGUCGCUGUCGGAUUAUCUACGCAAGUCGCAAACAUUCACCCAACCGUCGGACGAGAUUCGCGAUCAGCUGUCGCUGGGCUAUAUCGAUCCGGCAAUCCAGGGCACCGAUGGGCCCAUCCACGUCUCGUUCGGCGAGGGGCCAUUCCCCACCUUCAAUUCGGCCUGGCCUCGGACUUUCGAGACGCUCAGCCACCGCAUCACUGGAGAUCCGAUGUCAGGCCGGGCCAACGGAGCCUUUGUCAAUCCCGGCACGAUCCAUGCGACCUCGCGAGCGCGCAGCCACGCCGGGGUGGCUUACUACAAUCCCGAGAUCGCUCAGCGGCCGAAUUUGCGCGUUGUCACCGAGGCCCUCGUGGAGAAGAUUCUGCUCGAGAAGACCGAUCACGGGGAGGUAAACGCGACCGGGGUACAAUUUGUCGGGAAGGACGGGGAGCGCCGGACCGUUGACGCCGGGGCGGAGGUGAUUCUCGCGGCCGGCGCCGUCAAAACACCACACCUCCUCGAGCUGUCGGGCAUCGGCAACGCGAAUCUUCUCCAGACGCAUGGCAUCGAGCCCCUCAUCGACAACCCCAACGUGGGAGAAAAUCUGCAGGAGCACGGAUUCGUUCCCUUCAGCUGGGAGGUUGCUGACGGGCAGGUCACCGGCGAAGCACUGCGCAAUCCGGACAUCGCCCAAGCCGCCAUGCAGGCAUGGCAAGCCUCGGGCGCAGGGCCGCUGGGCCUGUGUCCCAUCUCGUCCGCAUUCGUGACCUUGCCGGAGCUGCAAGACGGGGAGCUCCAGACCCUGCUGGACCAGUAUCUUGAUGAUGGGGACGUACCACCCCACCGAGCCGCGCAGUACCGUCUCCUCCGGCAGCUGCUCGAGGACCCGGAGGAACCGACGGGGCAGUACACGCUGGCGCCCUUCCAGAUCACGCCCGAAAAGGGCCCCAGCCCCAAGGGGAUCUUCGCCAUGACGGAACCGGAGUGUUUCGUGAGCAUCGUGGCCGUGCUCAACCGUCCCUUCUCGCGCGGCCGCGUCCAUCUCGCUUCCGCCGACGCAACCGUCCUCCCCACCUUCGACCCGCAGCUGCUGGCGCAUCCGCUGGACAUCGAGCUGCAGGCGCGCCAUGUCCGCUGGUUGGAGACCCUGGCGGCGACGGAGCCGAUGGCCUCGCUGCUGAAGCCGAACGGUCGGCGACUGCACCACCCGGAGCGGGUGGCCGAUCUGGCGACGGCGCGGAGGCUGACACGGGACCGCAUCGUGGCCCACUACCAUGUGGUCGGGACCACGGCCAUGCUGCCGCAGGCGAUCGGAGGCGUGGUGGAUGACCAGCUAAGGGUCUACGGGUGUCGCAAUCUACGCGUGGUCGAUGCAGGGGUUAUCCCUCUGAUCCCGCGGGGGAAUAUCCAGGCCACGGUUUUUGCGGUGGCCGAGAAAGCGGCGGACAUCAUCAAGGAGAGUCGAUAG